UCGAUAAUAAAUCGUCAUUUUACUCAGCGACCUCCAUCCAACGCAGCAGAAGCUUCAAAUUUAAAUAUUUAACAUUUAAAUAUUUGUAGAUGCUAUAUUUAUAUAGCUAAACAAUGAAAGAGGCCAAAGGAAGCUGAAGGCCAAAAGGACGAAACAACACUACGACGUCAUUUUUCGUUCACCACUAGCUAAUCUUGACCUAGAGGAAUAUGGCGGGGUCAGCGAGUGGCUGGUAGUCACUCACCCGGCUCACCUAGCCUUGUCCCACGGUAUAAAUGACACUCAGGUGCCGGUCGGAGCAACUGGUGCCACCCUCCUUUCGACCUUGACGGCGUCGUCAUGGAUUUGACGCGGUUGGCCGUGGACGCCGGCCAGUUCAUCAACCGGGCCGUCCAGUACACUGGGGAGAGUCUUGGCCAGGCCGAGAAGACUGACUUGGACCCCGGUCUGGAGGAGCUUCUCGGUCAGAUUGAUGCUACCAAGACAUGGACAGACCUCAUCGUGUCUCAGACGGAGGCUGUUUUGCAGCCGAGCACAGCCGCGCGACUCGAGGAGCGUCUAUACGAGCAUCUUGACUGGCCCGCCCCCACCCGACCUCGCGCUCAAGAGCUCCUGGGAGAGCAAAUGAUUCAAGCAGGGCUGGAGAUGGGAACCAACAGCCCUUAUGGAACAUCGCUGCUGAGGUGUGGCGAGGUUCAGAAGCAGCUCGGCGAAGCCCAGAGGAAGUUCGCCCAAAGCGCCAACAUCCAUUUUCUCAGUCCUCUGCGACGCUUCGGCGCUUCGGAAUACAAAACCAUGCAGGAGGAGCGCAGGAUGUUGCUGAACAAGCGCCUGGACUUAGACGUCGCCAAAAGCAGACUGAGGAGAGCGCAUGAGGCCGAACAAGAGUCCAGGAACCUGAACGCAAACCCGUUGGAGGACGACUACUUUUCGUCUCACGUGUCCUACAUGUUCAGAUUCAUGCGUGUCCGCUGGAUGAAGAUGUGGGCGCAGGAGAUCUCUCAGGCAGAGACGGAGCUGAGGAUUUGUGAAACUUUGUUUCAUCGUCAGACGGAAAUCACCCGACAGCUUCUGGGAGAAAUUAGCAACACCCACGAGAAGCACAUGCAGAGCCUGAACGACUUUGUGGAUGCGCAGAUGUGUUACUAUGCUCAGUGCAAACAACACGCCCUGGAACUUCAGAAACAGCUAGCCAGCAUUCCGGCAGUGCUGUGCUCAAACAAGUGGCAGUCAUCCAUCUCUAACGGAGCGUCCAAUCAUAGCGAGCCAUCCCCCGCUGAGCAAAAUGGACUCGACUCCUCCAUCGUUGUCGUCCACCACCUUCCAGAAUUUGACCAAGACUCUUGGACGACAGAAGGUUGCACUAACAACAACAACAACAACCGAGAACCUGAUCACACCCAUACAUCGGAACGGGAACAUCCGCCAUCUUGUGAGCCCACCUCUCCCUAAUAAUCAGGACACAUCAUUUCAAGAGUAGUGGACAGGUGAAGUUGGACAAUGACUGCAUACUAUUUGAAACAAUCUGGCCAGAGAGGUGAAGACUAUUUUGAGUGAUGGACAAGCUAUGGCUUGCGGGUCAUGUGUGGUACAGCGCGCGAUGUUAACCCUUUAUAGCGUGCUCUUUGAACCCAUUGGCUGGCAUUGACGGCCUUAAGUGUCCAAUCCAUUUUGACCUGGAGGGCUAGCAGCAUUCAUUGGAUUGUCAAUGGCGGAUAAAGAAAAUAUUAUAAAUACUAUAAAAAUGUUUGUUAUUGGAGACCAUAACAUUUCUGUUUUAGUCAUUGUAAUUAUCUGGGUCUUUGCAGUGCAAAUUCUAUGGAUGCCAAUGUACUUGGAUUCCAUUGACGCAUAUGUAAGUGGCUGCCAUUGACGGCCAUGGACGUCCAAAUUUCUCAUUCAUUUCCAAUGGCAUUAACAUUGCAUUGAGGCCAAUUUAGACAUAUGCCAUUGACGGCCAUGUAUAUAAAUUCUAUUAAUGUUAAUGUACUUGGAUUCCAUUGACGCAUAUGGAUGUCGAUACCAUUGACGGCCAUGGACGUCCAAAUUUCCCAUUCAUUUUCAAUGGCAUUUACUUUGUUCAGUGCCAUUGACGGGCAUGUUUGUUGAUUCUAUUGAUACCAAUGUACUUGGAUUCCACUGACGCAAAUGUAAGUCGAUGCCAUUGACGGCCAUGGACGUCCAAAUUUCCUAUUCAUUUUCAAUUGCAAAAAAACAAAUGUCCCCAAAUCAACAGGAAAUGACCAAAUAUCUAUAGGACAUGUCCCCCAAAUGUCCCCAGAUGACCUGAUAUGACUAGGACACGCCCCCCCAAAUGUCCCCAAAUGACCUGAUAUGACCAGGACACACCCCCUACAUGUCCCCAAAUGACCUGGUAUGACUAGGACACGCCCCCCAAAUGUCCCCAAAUGACCUGAUAUGACAAGGACACACCACCAUAAAUGUCCCCAAAUGACCUGAUAUGACUAGGACACCCCCCCCCCCCCAAAUGUCCUCAAAUGACCUGAUAUGACCAGGACAUGUCCUGCAAAUGUCCCCAAAUCAACAGGAACUGACCUGUUAUGACCAGGACGUGAUGCCCAAAUGUCCCCAAAUCAAGAGGAAGUCACCUGAUAUUGUCCCCGAUAUAAGAUCUGUAUCUCCACACCGCAAAUACCCAGAGUAAUUUCUCCAGAAAUUGCAUUUUUUAGUUUAAGGAAUUUUUGUAUUAACGUUUUCAUAUCUUUUGUUUUUUUAUUCUUAAUAAAUUUAUAUAUAUAAAAAUAAUCAUUAUUAAAAAAUAAUAAUAGUCGAGACAUGGCGUUCAGAUUACUGCUGCAACAAUUAAUCGAUUAACUCGAGUAAUUGGAUUAGAAAAAAGAUUCGAAUUAAAUUUUGCAGCUUCGAGUAUUCGUUUCAUUAAAGUGGCGUUGUAAUGGUCUGUUUUGAAAGUGUUUGCAUUUCGUUUUAUUGAUUUGGGUGGAUACACUGCCCUCAAGUGGCGGCAGUGAAUAUGACAUAACUUAUUUCACAUGGUUGAAUGCAGCUGCUCCCUGUUAAGACCAACAUAAGCUAAGUUUUUGUCUGAGCUAAUGUUUUUUAUGCAUUCAUAAUUUAGUUUAUUGGUAUAUUUAGCCGUUUUUUUGUUGGUGGAAGAUGUGUUUGAACCAUUUGGUAAGAGCUGCAAUAUGUGCUCGUCUGUCAUUGUUCAUUCGAAAAUGUUGGAAACCUUUGUUAGAUAGAUAUCCCAUUCAUUGAAACUGAGCCUUCCCAGUUGUAAUGAAAUUGACAUUUGACACCGUCAAUUGCAACCAAUGUGUUAAUCUAUUGUAAAAUGUGAGCUGUUCCAUCAAAAACAGGCGCUUUUAUCGGUAUACCUCAUGAUGUGUCUAAAUUGUACCCUAGCGGAGGGUACAUAAACCCCAAGUGACGUCCGUUAUAGUUCAACUUAUUUUCCACCCUGUGUAUUUUGAAGCCAAGUAAGGUGAAAUAGGAUCAUUACACAUACACACUGUGUCACCCCCUCAGUGGUCCCGGUAGGUCAAAUGGGUUCCAAUUUCCACGUCCAGAUGUUGUUAAUUUUUCCUUCAUAGAGGCUAUGUUGUGUAACGCAUAGGGAAAUACAUACAUGUAAAUGAUGUCAUCAUGUAACGGGAUGUUGAUGUGUGCGUGUGUUUGUGUGUGUGUGCUGCCAGUAAGUGAACAAUGUCAACAGUGGGAUGGAGUGUGUUUAAUGUGGAAAUAAAUAUGCAAACAGUGACUUGGACACACAAAAAUGGAUUAUCCAACACUUUCAAAAGGAUGUUUAAUUUGUUGACUGUCAUUGACGACGAUGGACAUCCAUUCCAUUUCUGGCAAUGGCAGUAAAAUCAUGAUCACUCAAUGUCAGCCAUCUCUGUUGAAAUGGAUUGUAUAUUAGUCUCUGUCAGUGUUUGUGAAUGAGUUAAUUAAGCAAUAUUACACUCUUAAAGUGAAUUUUCAGUUGCCAUUGGCGGCAAUAGAUGUCAAUUCCAUUAGGAUGGGGAGGGCUGACAGCAUAGGUGGAGUUUGAGGCAGGGGGGCUACAACAUGUUGAUGACCCCGAAAUGCAGUAACAGCAAUAAAAUUAACUUACAAGAAUAUUUAUAAUAAUAAGCUGACAAUGAGUGUUUUUUUAUUUCCCCAUCAUUCUUGAGGGGAAUUCUAAAUCAAGCUGUUUAGGCAAUACUUUUCGCCA